AUGUCAUCGUAUUCAUUUCAUGAUAUCAAUAAUCUAUUAAUCAAAUACGAAGAAAAAUUAAAAACUGACCAUCAAAUAAAUCCAGAAUAUGCCAUUAAGAAAGAAAUACAAGAAGAAAAACCAAAAGAAAAACCUUUUUCAUGUGAUGUUUGUGAUAGAACAUUUAAUCAAUUUGUACAUUUAGUUUCUCAUAAACGAAUUCAUACUGGUGAAAAGAGUUUUUUAUGUGAUUUUUGUGGCAAAGCAUUUCGUUAUAAAAACAAUUUAGUUGAUCAUAAACGAAUUCAUAGUGGUGAAAAACCAUAUGAAUGUGACGUGUGUAAAAAAUCAUUUACAACACAUAACGAUUUAGUUAAACAUAAACGAAAACAUACGGGAGAAAAACCAUAUACAUGUGAUGUUUGUGCGAAAUCAUUUACACAAAAAGGGAAUUUAGUUCGACAUCAAAAAAUCAUUCAUAGUGAAGAAAGACCGUUUUCUUGUAACAUAUGUGAUAAGGCAUUCAAAACACAUGAUAUUUUAGUAAGACAUAAACGACUUCAUACUGGAGAACAACCUGUUCCACGGGAAAAACAAAGAAGUUUACAACAACGGAUUGAACCUGUAAUAGACAGAUAUAGUUUUCCAUAUGAGUUUACACAAAAUUUAGUUGAAAAUCAAGCACCAAUUCAUACUGGAAUUGAUUCAUUCUGUACUCCCAGUGUAUCGAAUUCAUUUAUUCCAGCACCAGCUGAAAAUUCCCAUCCAUCGAUUACCACGACCAUUCAAGAAGGUGAAAGUGUGAAAAGUGAAAAUUUAAUAGACAAUGAAGUUAAAACUGAACAAAAAUAUGAUAUUUGUGAAAGUAGUAACAGUAGCAUUGGUGAUAUUUUGGAUGCAGGUCCAUCUAGUCCAUUUAUGGACGAAACCCCAAUCAAAACAGAACAAAAAUUAGAAAUUGAAUUAAUAGUUAAGGAUGAAGAGAAUAUUAAAAUUGACGAAGAAAUCAAAGUGAAAGAAGAAAAUGAUGAAGAAGAAGAAAAACCGUAUUCAUGCGAUAUAUGUGAUAAAAGAUUUUCCAAACAUAGAAAUUUACGUAGACAUAAACGACUUAUCCAUAAUAAAGGUAAAAAAUAUCCUUGUGACGAAUGUGAUAAAGUAUUUAAUACACAAAGAGAAUUGGUUUUACAUGAACGAGAUCAUACUGGUGAAGAAUGUUUUUCUUGUGACGAAUGUGAUAUGACAUUUACGAAUACGAAAAAUCUACGUAGACAUCAAAAACUACAUGCAAGGGAUAAACCAUUUUCAUGUAAUUUUUGUGAUAAAACAUUUCAAUUCCACAGAAAUUACGCUGAACAUAAGAAAAUUCAUAUUGUGGAUAAACCUCAUGCAUGUGAUAUUUGUGAAAAAACAUUUACCAGACUUCGAAGUUUAGUUGAACAUAAACGAAUGCAUACUGGAGAAAGACCAUUUGCUUGUGAUCAAUGUGAUAAAUCAUUUACCAGUAAUCGAACGUUAACAGCCCAUAAAGGAAUCCAUACUGGGAGAAAACCUCAUUUGUGUGAUGAUUGUGGUAAAGCAUUUGCUAAAACACUUGAUUUACAACGACAUCAACGAAUCCACACGGGAGAAAGACCGUUCACAUGUGAACAUUGUGGUAAAACUUUUGUAAAUCGUUGUAAUUUAGUUGAACAUAGACGAAUACAUACGGGAGAGAAACCUUUUACCUGUGAAAUUUGUGCGAAAUCAUUUACACAACGUAUGAAUUUAUAUCGACAUAAAGUGACACAUACGAAAGAGAAAAAGUUUUCAUGUACUGUUUGUGAUAAAACUUUCGGCUAUAAAUCAAGUUUAUUGGAACAUGAACGAAUUAUUCAUUCAGGGGAAAAACGAUUUUCGUGUGAUGUUUGUGAUAACAAAUUUUACAGGCAAAGUUAUUUGCUGAAACAUAAAAAAAUAGCACACGUUAAAGAUCCACAACAAGUUUAUGAAUGCGAUAUUUGUUUUAAGCAAUUUGCAAAACCUAAUCGUUUAACUAAUCAUAAAAAGUCUCAUAUUGAAAAAGCUGGGUGA